CUCAUCCCCACAUCGAAAAUUCGCGUCCCCCAUCCACCGCAGCACACACAACUCCGAAUGGCGAAAUCAACAACGACAAGCACGAAACGUGCCGGCGUCGCUGGCGGCGACGCAAAGCAGCAGCAGAAGCGGAAGCGCCGUCGGCGGAAUGCUCGCACCGGGAAUGUCUCUUCCUCCAGCGAGUCGAGCGACAGCUCGAGUAGCGAGGAUGAGAAGGAGGGGGAGGAGGAGAAGGGGCAGGAGGUGGUCAUGAAGGAUGUUUCCGACCUUGAAGACGAUUCAGAGGAGGAGGAGGCGGAGUUGGAGGCUACGAGUGCGGCACAGGCGUUUACAGAGAAGGAAGCUAAAGCACAACGCCCACAACUGCAGAGCUCUUCGAUCCCGUCGACGCUGCGCGACCUCCACGAUCCGCUCGCUGCCGCCCGCUUCGAAGAAUAUUACAUGCAACAGCUGACGGGCGAGUUCGGCGACGACCUCAAUGCCGUGCGUCUCUCCAAGGACUUUGGCGCCAACUCGCUGCCCAUGCUUGUGCGCGCGCUCAAGCAGGGAAUCAACAUUUUUGAUGCGGCCGAGAAGCGGGUUGUUGUCGGGUCCACCACCUCUUAG